CGCACGAACUACGAACACUUCAAGAGGCACGAAACAGAGUCAAGAAAGAUGCUCACCAGUAGAUGAAUCUAACCGCAGAUUGCUGCGUGGACAUCGUAGAUUGCGUGGACAAGAGGACGGUCGAUCUCACGAAGAAACAACACGAACACCUACUCACGAAGAAACAGCUACAACACGAACACCUACAGGUGGCGG